CUUCAAAUGUCUAGUCAUUCCCAUCUGUCAGAAACAUGAACAUCGAAUCUCUCCUAGAAUGCCUCAGCACCAUCGGACAUUACGGUCAUAUCGUAUCAACCGAAGAACAGAUCGUACUACAAAACAGUCUACUGAUAUUGCAGAACGAGAAUCAUUUCAGAAACGUCUUUCUCUGGGGUAAAAUCCUCGGGGCGGAUAAAGACUAUUACGUCGCCUACGGAUAUGUUAAGGACGUGCUGUAUGGCAAAAUUUACUACUACAGCACCAACUGCGUAGAUUGGGGAUUGCUGCCUCAACCUACGAAGAACGGAUUACUGCUGACUCCGCUGUGCACCACGAGGUUUCAAGGCGAUCCCGCUCUAGUCAUCGACGUCUUAAUAGAAAAAGAGGAAACGUGGUUUUUGGAGGAGAAAUUCAAGGGGCCACAGUUGAGGAAACUCAAAGAGGAGGACAGACUGGCCGCUCUAGUGCAUUUAAUCACCAAAGAAGCGGCGGUCGUUCCUAGAGGUGUCAAUUUUCAGCGACCCGACGGGGUGGUGGUGGAAAAUUUGUCUUUUGAAGGACUCUCCGCCUUGGAGGCGAGAGAAAUCAGCUCGUUUCAACACGAUAGAGCGGCAACGCAAAAAUACAACACCAACCUACUGACUAGAGAUGAUUAUAAUUACGCGAUGGAUUUCUUGGAUCCUCUUGAUAUUGAUAUUCCGGAAGGAAGUUGGAUUAUACAGAUUGCCGCAGGGGAAACUUUGGUUCUGUUGAAGUGUUUGUUUUGGCCCGGAUUAGUGUUUUUCCAUGUACUGAAAACCCGUAAACAUGGUUUCGUUUAUAUUGGUAAUGGAAAACGAUGCAUCGAUUUGCCCUUUAUGCUUAGUCCCUUUUCUUAAAAUGUUCGUAAAAGUCUAAUUACAUAUUAUAUUAAAAAUG